AUGAGCACACCGUCGUCGCCGUCCUCCUCCUCUUCCUCCUCCGCUUUCUCGUCAAGCGACUCGUCCCCGCUCUCGACUGCGCCAACUACUGCUCCGUCCUCGCCAAAACUAUCUGCUAGCGGCCUCGCAGGACUCCCCUCGCCGUUCUACCCGCCUACUCUCGCUGCCAGGGAGGGUUUCGCCUCCUCGCACCAACCCGACCCGCUUCCUUCGCAUUUUCCGCCCCUUCCUUCGACCAGCCAGCGACCUAUCGAAGCGGAUGCGGUCACAAAGGGCACGCCAGACGAGUGGAUCCCGCGGGACGAGCGCUUGGUGCGGUUGACAGGUAAAUGGCCGUUCAACACUGAGGCGCCGCUGCCGGAUCUGUGGAAGGAGGGCUUCCUCACGCCAACCCAACUCUUCUACGUCCGAAACCACGGUGGCGUGCCGCAGGUCACUCGAGAAGAAGCGGCGAACUGGACCGUGGAGAUUAGCGGCCUCAUCAACCGACCUUGCGCCCUCACCCUCGCCGACCUCAUCGACCCUCGCAAAUUCCAGACUGUCACUCUUCCCGUCACGCUCGUCUGUGCCGGAAACCGUCGCAAAGAGCAGAACGUCGUCAAGAAGUCGCUUGGCUUCUCCUGGGGUCCGGCAGGCCUUUCGACAGCGCUCUUCACGGGCGUCUACCUCGCCGACGUCCUCGAGUACGUCCAGCCCCGCGCAGAAGGCGUCUUCGGCGAGCCUGGCUACCGUCGACCCGAGCACGUCAUCUUCGAAGGCGCGGAGGAUCUGCCCAACGGCAAGUACGGGACGAGCCAGCGCUACCGGUGGGCGCGAAACAAGGAGAAGGGCAUGCUCCUCGCCUGGGCGAUGAACGGCGAGGCUCUCGAGCCAGACCACGGCUUUCCCCUCCGACUCGUUGUGCCCGGCCAGAUCGGCGGACGGUCCGUCAAGUGGCUCAAGAAGAUCGAGGUCAGCGACCGGGAGAGCGAUCAUCACCUCCACUACUGGGACAACAAAGUGCUCCCCGCGACGCUCUCGGCCGAACAAGCACGCAACGAGCGCGACUGGUGGUACGAUCCGAAGUACAUCAUCAACGACUUGAACGUCAACCUCGCAGCCGCACGACCCGCCCACGACGAGAAGCUCGUCUGUUUGCCCGAAACCGAGCCGACCUACACGGCCGAAGGGUACGUCUACGCCGGCAGUGGACGACGAGUGACUCGCGUCGAAGUCUCGCUCGACGACGGCGCGACCUGGUCUCUCGCCGACAUCUCGUACCCGGAGGACCUCUACCGCUCGACGCCGUUCCAAGGCCGUGUUUGGGGCACGCUCGACGUGACAGAUCGCGACGAGUGCUUUUGCUGGGCGUUCUGGAAGAUCAAGAUCCCGCUCGACAAGCUGCAAGACUCGGGCUGCAUCUCGAUCCGCGCGAUGGACGAGAGUCUACACCAGAUGCCCUCGACCAUGUACUGGAACCCGACGGGCAUGAUGAACAACUGGUGGUUCCGGGUCGCCAUCCACCGCUCGACAGACACCGCCGGAAGUACCGUCUUGACGUUCGAGCACCCGACGAUGCCUGGUUUGCAGCCUGGAGGAUGGAUGGAGCGGCUCAAGGAGAGUGGCCAAGAUCCGGCGAACCCUUCCUUCGUCAAGGUCACGACCGAAGACGAGACGAUUCUCGCGCAGGCGAAGGAGGCGGCCGCAGCGAAGAAGCCCAAGCUGAUCAUGACCAAGCCGGACGUCGACCGCAAGAUCACCCGCGCCGAGCUCGUCGCGCACAACAAGGAGGACGAGCCGUGGUUCGUCGUCAACGGCGAAGUGUACGACGGGACGGGCUUCUUGAAGGACCACCCGGGCGGGUCCGAGUCGAUCACGCUCGUUGCGGGCGAAGAUGCGAGCGAGGACUUUAUGGCCAUCCACUCGAUUGACGCCAAGCUCCGCCUCGCCGACUUCCACAUCGGCACCCUCGUCGGCGGCGAAGACGCACCCGUCGUCACCGGCGAACCCGUCGCUCCCGCCACACCCGACCCCAUCUUCCUCAGCAAGACCAAGUGGAAACCUGCGACGCUCGUCUCGAUCGAACGAGUCAACCACGACUCGCGCGUUUACCGCUUUGCGCUCGAGCACGAGGACCAGCCGCUUGGGCUGCCGGUCGGCCAGCACGUCUAUGCGCGGCUGAGGAGGAAGGUCUGUCCUGCGGAUGCCGAGGCGGGAGGUGCGGACGUCAAGGUCGUCGAGGGCGAGCUGGUACAGCGUGCGUACACGCCUGUGUCGCGGCAGGGCGCGAAGGGCUAUCUCGACUUGCUCAUCAAGGUCUACUUCCGCACGUCUGCGUUCCCCGAAGGCGGCAAGAUGACGCUCGGCUUCGAGGAGCUCCAGGUCGGCGACGUUGUCGAGUUCAAGGGCCCGCUCGGAUCGUUCGAGUGGCUCGGGAAGGGCAGUUGUCGCUGGCGAGGAGUUGAGCGCAAGGUCAAGAACAUUGGCAUGAUCUGCGGCGGUUCAGGCAUCACGCCCAUCCUCCAAGUCCUCCGCGGCGUCGUCUACGAUGAGCAGGACAAGGACACCAAGCUCUACGUCCUGAAUGCGAACAAGACCGAAGCCGACAUCCUCAUGCGUGCCGAAUUGGACGAGUUGUCGCGGCUAGCUGGACCCGAGCGCCUGCGGCAACACCUCGUCCUUUCGAAGGGACCGGACGACUGGGCGGGCUCGCUCGGCAGGAUCGGCAAGGACCACCUCGUCAAGUACAUGCCGCCCGCCAGCUCCGACGCGCUCGUCCUCAUGUGCGCGCCGCCGCCCAUGCAGGACAUGGUCGUCGCGCACCUCGCAGAGAUGGGUUGGGACGUCGCGACGCAGGUCGUCAUCUUCUAG